UCAGUAGCAGCAUUUCUUAAAACGGUUCUGGAAAAAGAUGAUGAACGCGUGAAAGCUAUGCUACUCAUUAGUGAAAGCUAUGCUACUCAUUAGUGAAAACUAUGCUACUCAUUAGUGAAAGCUAUGCUACUCAUUAGUGAAAGCUAUGCCACUCAUUAGUGAAAGCUAUGUCACUCAGUAACAAUAUUGUUAGCAGAAGAAUCUACGAAAUGAGUGAAGAUAUUGAAAUACAACUUGUUGAAAAGCUGAAAAUAAGAUCAAUUUUGAGAGCCGGCGAGACUGUAUUGAUAACUUAUGUAAGAUAUAUUGAUAAAGGGGAAAUUGCUGAAGAAGUGUUGUUCUGUAAAUCAUUAGAAAGCAUCACUACCGUCAAAGAUAUA